GGUGGCGCGUCGGGUCCCGGGCGGGCGAGGCUCGCACAGAAGCGGAUCGGAAGGGACGCCGCUGCCCAGCUCAGCCCAGCCCAAGGCCGGCCGUGCCCGGAGGGCGCCGCCGCCUCCGCCGCUGCCGCUCCUGCGCUCCUCGCCGCCGCAGAGAUGGCAGAAUACAGCAACCUGCUGGAAGAACUGGCCGAGAACAUCACCAACGAGGACCUGGACCAGCUGAAGUCGGCCUGCAAAGAGGACAUCCCGAGCGAGAAGCACGAGGAGAUCGCCACCAGCAAGGAGUGGUUCAGCUUUCUCGAGAAGCACAAGAAACUGGACAAAGACAACCUCUCGUACAUCGAGCACAUCUUUGAGAUCUCGCGCCGGCCCGACCUGCUCACCAUGGUGGUCGAAUAUCGCACCCAAGUGCUGAAGAUCUCCGAGGAGGACGAAGUGGACACGAAGCUCACCCGCAUCCCCAGCGCCAAGAAAUACAAAGACAUAAUCCGGCAGCCCUCCGAGGAAGAGAUCAUCAAACUGGCCCCGCCGCCCAAAAAAGCUUAAAGUAGGCGAGAAGGAGGAGGAGGAAGAGGAGGAGGAGGAGGAGGAGGAAGGGCACACGCUCCCAAGACCACCACCACCACCACUCUCUCCUCUUCUGCCUUCCAUCUCCCUUUCUCAGUCUGGUUGGAGGGCAGAGGAGGAGUGGGGUGGGGAGCAGCCUUGGCUGUUAAUAAAAUCUUAACCCAAGUCCCUCCCUCCCUCCUCUGCCACCCGCCCCCCCCUCCCCACGGCAAGACCACUGUUCCAGGAACUGUUGCCUCUCCCUCUUUGGUCCCCACCUGGGAUAGACACGGAAGCUCUCUUGAGAGCAGCUCAGCUAUCUGAGCAGGGUUGGGUUGGGUUGGGUGGCCCCCCGCCCCCGGGGAGAAG